AACAACAACAACAACAACAACAACAACAACAACGGCAGCACGUAGAAUAAACAAACAGGCGAGUGUGCGUGAGUCUCACCAGGAAGGGAGACAGACAGACAGAGAGAGAGAGGAGGAGGAGGAGGAGAAGAAGAAGAAAAAAAAUGUACACAAUACACAAUGGUGUUGCCUGGGGCUGCCGCGAUAGCUCUCAGACAAACCCUGAGAGAGAGAGAGAGAGAGACUCGGCUCGUCUCUCGCCUUUUUAUUUUUUGCUUGACAGCUGCGGGGCCAAUGGAAACGUGCACGAGGCCAGCUGCGCUACGGCCGCAGCCAAUGGAAGGAUGUGAAAUGCGGAGCUGCUACUGGAUCCGCGCGGUAAUGUUAGGCUGGCUGGCUGGCUAACAGCAGCAGCAGCCAGCCAGCAACACACCGCCGCUACUGCCUGCCGCUGCUAGCGCUGCUGCUGCUAAAACUUCCACCAAAUAAUAAAUAAAUAAAUAAACUGAAAAAAAAAAAAAAAGCUGUUUGUGUGUUUUGGCUGCCGCAGUGGCCAUUUUAGAUGCAGUGAAGGGAUAGAAGAUGAAAAUACACAAGAAGGACAAGCAGCAGAUGUUCACUGGUCUCCUGAAGCACACGCCUCCGGCCUCCUCUGCAGCAGCCUCCUCCUCCGCCUCGGACCAAAACAGCAACGCACAAACCACAGUUCCCACAAUCCCACGGGGACACCUGGUCGUGGGCCCCAAGGACCAGCUCCGCCUCCUCACCCCCGUGGGCAGCACGGCGACAUCCAAUCACUGCACGGUGGCCGGGGCCCACGCCGCUAAGCACUCCGGAGGAACCCCGCGACCUCCUUCCUCCCUGAGCGAGGAGGAUGAUGGAGGAGGAGGAGGCAGAGUGAAAAAGAAACGAAAGAAAAAGGACAAGAGAGAACGGGAGAAGGCAGGAGGGGAGGUGGCGGAAAGAGAAAGGGAAAGCAGCAAACCAAAGAAACGGAGGGAGGAGAAGGAGGUGGUGGCAGUGGUCGUCCCACUGAGGAAGAGCAAGGAGCUCAAGGAGGGAAAGGAGCGCAGGACCAAGGGAAGGGAGGACAGGAGGGGGAGCGGGACAGAGCUGAAGAAUGUGGCCGGAGGGAAGGUGGCCGUGGUCCCCGGACCAGCUCAGGUGCCUGUUAAGGUGCCCGGCAAAAGAGGAAGGAAACCGAAGGUCAAAGUCCUACCUCCUGUACCACCCACGAAUCAAGCCCUCCACUCUAAGGUCCAGGGGCAGGUCCACAGCAAGAACAAUGGCCGGGCCAACAGCAAGACCCCCGUCCCCUCAGCACCAAAACAGAGGGGCCGCAAACCCAGAGAUCCUGGUGCAGCACCCGUGGAGAAGAAGAAGAAGGGAAAGAGGAGAAACCAGGAGCUGGCUGUCCAGGAGGGGGGCGAGAGUGACGACACUACCUCAAUGUCAGCCCUCAACAUGGUCGGAGAGGACAGCCAAGACCCCCUGGAUAACGCGAAGCGGCGUUCGGGCCGUCAGGUCAAGAGGAGGAAGUAUAACGAGGAUCUGGAUUUUAAGGUGGUAGACGAUGAUGGAGAGACGAUCGCGGUUCUCGGAGCUGGUCGUAUCUCAGCGCUCAACGCCACUGCGCUGGCAUGGCAGGCUGAGGAACCACCUGAGGACGAGGCCAACAUCAUUGAGAAAAUUCUGUCUGUCAGAAUAGCGAAGAAAGAGACCUCAUCAUCAGAGGACCAAGCGGAGGAGACAGAAGAGUUUUAUGUCAAGUACAGAAAUUUUUCCUACCUGCACUGCAAGUGGGCCACUCUAGAAGAGCUGGAGAAAGACCCCAGAAUCCACCAGAAGAUUAAACGCUUCAGGACCAAACAAGCGCAGAUGAAACACCUGUUCACAGAGCCUGAUGAGGACUUAUUUAACCCAGACUAUGUAGAGGUGGACAGAGUGCUGGAGGUGGCUGUUACCACAGAUACUGAGACCGGAGAGGAGGUGACCCAUUACCUGGUGAAAUGGUGCAGUCUCUCGUACGAGGAGGCGACGUGGGAGCUGCAGGAGGACUUGGACCCUGAGAAGAUCAAAGAGUUUGAGGAGAUCCAGAAACUGCCGGCAGACCUCCGACACAUGGAACGUCCCUCUCCAGAGAAAUGGCAGAAGUUGGAGCGCUCCAGAGAUUACCGGAACGGAAACCAGCUCAGAGAAUACCAGCUGGAGGGAAUGAACUGGUUACUGUUCAACUGGUACAACAGGAAAAACUGCAUCCUGGCAGAUGAGAUGGGUUUGGGAAAGACCAUCCAGUCCAUCACCUUCCUGUACGAGAUCUUCAGCAUGGGGAUCCGCGGCCCCUUCCUCAUCAUCGCCCCCCUGUCCACCAUCACCAACUGGGAGAGGGAGUUCCGCACGUGGACGCCCCUGAACGUCAUCGUGUAUCACGGCUCGCAGAUCAGCCGGCAGAUGAUCCUGCAGUAUGAGAUGUUUUACAGAGACCCACAGGGUAACACAAUCCCAGGCGUGCUCAAGUUUCACGGGGUGAUCACCACCUUCGAGAUGAUCAUGGCCGACUGUCCGGAGCUGAAGAAGCUCCACUGGCGCUGUGUGGUGAUCGACGAAGCCCAUCGGCUGAAGAACAGGAACUGCAAACUGCUGGAGGGACUCAAACUCAUGAACCUGGAACACAAGGUUCUGCUGACAGGAACUCCUUUGCAGAACUCGGUGGAGGAGCUCUUCAGCCUGUUGAACUUCCUGGAGCCGCUGCAGUUUCCCUCAGAAAGCACCUUCCUGGAAGAAUUUGGAGACCUCAAAACAGACGAACAGGUGAAGAAGCUUCAGGCCAUUUUAAAGCCCAUGAUGUUGAGGAGACUGAAGGACGAUGUUGAGAAGAACCUGGCGCCUAAAGAAGAGACCAUCAUAGAGGUGGAGCUGACGAACAUUCAGAAGAAAUACUACCGAGCCAUCUUAGAGAAGAACUUCUCCUUCCUGUCCAAAGGAGCAAACCAGCACAACAUGCCAAACCUCAUUAACACCAUGAUGGAGCUCCGCAAGUGCUGCAACCACCCCUACCUUAUCACAGGAGCCGAGGAGAAGAUUCUGGAAAGCUUCAGGAAGUGCCACAGUCCGGACGCGCUGGACUUCCAGCUGCAGGCGAUGAUCCAGGCGGCCGGUAAGCUGGUGCUGAUCGACAAGCUGCUGCCCAAACUGCUGGCCGGGGGACACAAAGUCCUGGUCUUCUCCCAGAUGGUCCGCUGUCUGGACAUCCUGGAGGACUACCUCAUACAGAGACGCUACACGUACGAACGCAUUGACGGUCGUGUGCGAGGAAACCUGCGGCAGGCGGCCAUCGACAGGUUCUGUAAGCCGGACUCGGACCGCUUUGUCUUCCUGCUGUGCACCAGAGCCGGAGGGCUGGGAAUCAACCUGACGGCCGCAGAUACCUGCAUCAUCUUCGACUCAGACUGGAACCCACAGAACGACCUGCAGGCCCAGGCACGCUGCCACCGGAUUGGCCAGAGCAAAGCAGUGAAAGUGUACAGACUGAUCACCAGGAACUCGUACGAGAGGGAAAUGUUUGACAAGGCCAGUCUGAAGCUGGGAUUGGACAAAGCCGUCCUCCAGGACAUCAACCGCAAGGGAAGCCUCAACGGGGUGCAGCAGCUCUCUAAGCUGGAAGUGGAGGAUUUGUUAAAAAAAGGAGCGUACGGAGCACUGAUGGACGAAGAAGACGAGGGAUCGAAGUUCUGCGAGGAAGACAUCGAUCAGAUUCUUCAGAGACGAACUCAGACCAUCACCAUCCAGACCGAAGGGAAAGGGUCGACGUUCGCCAAGGCCAGUUUCAUCUCAUCCGGUAACAGAACGGACAUUUCUCUGGACGACCCCAACUUCUGGCAGAAGUGGGCCAAGAUCGCUGAGGUGGAGAUCGACUCCAAGUCUGAGAAGGAGUCUCUGGUGAUCGACACGCCUCGGGUGAGGAAACAGACGCGUCACUACAACUCCUUCGAGGACGACGAGCUGAUGGAGUUCUCGGAGCUGGACAGCGACUCGGAGGAGCGGCCGUGCCGGACGCGUCGCCUGGGCGAACGCGCCCGGCGGUACCUCCGCGCCGAGUGCUUCCGGGUUGAAAAGAAUCUGCUUAUCUUCGGGUGGGGUCGGUGGAAGGACAUCUUAAACCACGGUCGGUUUAAAUGGCACCUGGCAGAGAGAGACAUGGAGGUGAUCUGUAGGGCUCUGCUGGUUUACUGCCUGAAACACUACAAAGGUGAUGACAAGAUCAAGAGCUUCAUCUGGGAUCUGAUCACACCCACCAAGGAAGGACAGGAAGAGACGCUGCUCAACCACUCGGGUCUGUCGGCUCCGGUUCCUCGGGGUCGGAAGGGGAAGAAGCUGAAGAAUCAGCUGAACGUUUCUGAGCUGAAGAACGCUGACUGGCUGGUCCACUGUAACCCCGAGGUGGUUCUGCAGGACGAGAGCUACAAGAAACACCUCAAACAACACUGCAACAAGGUGCUGCUGAGGGUGCGGAUGCUUUACUACCUGAAGGUGGAGGUUUUGGGUGAGGCUGCCACUCAGUCUCAGGAGGGGAUACCUGCCAGUAAACUCGAGGUGGCGUUACCCGACAUCGACUACAUCGAGAUCCCGGCUACGUGGUGGGACGCAGAUGCUGACAAGUCUCUCCUCAUAGGAGUCCACAAACACGGCUAUGAGCGGUACAACGCCAUGCGAGCAGAUCCUGACCUGUGUUUCCUGGAGAGAGUGGGCAUGCCGGAUGUCACAGCGCUGACUGCUGAGCAGGGAGGAGGCGAGGGGGCACCUGACAUGACUGACAGCGCCUGCAAAACCGAGGAGGCGAAGGACGACACUGAAAUUAAAGCCGAUGGAGGCGAAGAUCGAGACGAGAGCAGCAAGGGAGAGGAAACCUGCUCCAGCACAGACACCUCAGACAAGCCUGACAGCACAGGUCCAGACUCCCAGAUGUCUGGUGACUUAUGUGCCACUGAUGGACCACUGGUCACCACGACAACAACAGGAACAGGGACUGGCGUUGCAUCUCUCCAUGUCGUCCAGGCCCGGCCCCUCUGGCCCACUGGCCCCGCCCUGACGGCCCGAUUACGGCGCCUGAUCACCGCCUAUCAGCGCUUCACGCUGCGCCGUGAGCCGAUGCUCAGGCACGACUUCAUGCUUCAUGACGGCCUCGUCGGCAUGGGGAUGGGAGGAGGCGGAGCCGCUCACAGUCAUCACGCUGGAGGCCCGCUGGCGUGGCAGCUGGGUGAAGAGCUGAGGCGGUGUUCUGUGGUCGCCACUGAGCCCGACCCGCUGUUUCUUGAGUGGCAGAGGAGGUGGACUCGUCGAGAACAGGCAGACUUUUACCGCACGGUGUCGUCCUAUGGGGUUGUGUACGACACGGAGAGGAAAGCCUUCGACUGGUCCCAGUUCAGAGCUCUGGCCCGACUGGAGAGGAAGACGGACGAGAGUUUGGAGAGAUACUUCAACUCGUUUGUCAACAUGUGUCGGACGGCCUGCAAACUGCCUCCAAGGAAGGAAGAAGGUUUGGUGGAUCCAGCUGUGUUUGUUGAGCCUCUGACAGAAGAGAGAGCUGCCCGCACUUUAUACCGCAUCGAGCUGCUGCGCAAGAUCAGAGAGCAGGUUCUCCGUCACCCGUUAAUCUCGACCCGCCUCCAGCUGUGCCGCCCCUCCCUCUACCUCCCGGUCUGGUGGGAGUCUGGCAAACACGACCGUGACCUCCUCAUUGGGGCGGCGCGUCACGGCCUGAGCCGCACCGACUUCUACAUCCUGAACGACCCCCAGCUGAGCUUCCUGGAGGCUCACAGGAACUACGUCAGGGGACACCCCUCUCAUCUUCAUUCUCAAUCUCAUCACCACCCUCACCAUCCGGGCUUGGCGACUCACCCUGGCAUCUCGUCUUCAUCAUCCUCCUCGUCCUCGUCUCACCCGCAGCUGCCUCACCCUCACUGCUGUCUGUAUGACUCUGGACUCGGUCGACACUCCCCGCAGCCUCCUGAGUAUCCCCACCAGUCCUCUCAUCACCACCACCACCACCAUCACCACCAGCAUCACCCAGUGCCUCCAUCAGCUCCCUCUCCCUCCUCCUCCUCUCACCCUCACCUCCACCCUCCACCAUUGGACGCCCACAGUUCUGCCUCGCCGAGUCUGGGAAUAGUUCCUGGGUCACGGGGAGAUUUCCUCGACUGUCCUCCUCUGGACGAGAGCCUGGAGCUGGGCUCGCUGCACCAUGACGCCAUGUCUGCAGAGGCUUUACAUGGAGGGAAGGCUUCCAAAGACGCCCUCAACGGGUUCCCAUUCAACUCCGCAACCGGAGGACAAAGCAUGCUCAACUCGUAUGGUGUGGGAGGAACAGACCUUGAUUCAAAACUGAGGAGUGACGUGCUUGUUGGAGAGCAGGGCUCCUCAGAGGAGACCGGGCUGAUGGCACCAUCAGUGGAGUUGGACCAGUUACAGGCUCCCUGGGACGGUACAGACCACUCCAGUCCUGCACACCACAUGUUCAACGAGUCCGAUCCGAUCCUGGGUCCUUCCACUCUGGAGACUGGCUUUCUGGAGGAGGAAGACGAGGAGGCGCAGGGGGGAGACAGAGGAGGGGAGGAAGGUGGAACUCUGGAGGAGUGUUUGGGCCUCCCACCAUCAUCGUCACCCUCCCACCCCUCUGCAGAAGACUCUGUGGAGCCACUCUCCUCCAGUUACAUGCUCUUCAAGGAUAUCGGUGUGACCGAGGAACCCAGCGCCGAUCAAACCGACCUAUCAGCGAGUCCCCCUCCUCCUUACGUCCCCCCUCCCCCCCUCUCUCUGUCUGACAUCACCGCCCACGAGCCGCAGGAUAGGCUGGGCCACUCUGAUGUCGCCGAGAGUCUGACCAGUCCUGUGGCGGAAGGAGACGUCCAGGAAGGAGGCAGCGGGUUCGAGUUUGACGACAAAGAUGGCGAUGAAGUGGAAGACUUGUCGAGGGCGACCGCGGAGCAGAGCAAAGGAAGAGAUCUGAGUCUGGAAAGAGAGGAAUGUGAUGCAGACCAAAGUGCAGACCGAAGUUUGGGAGACUUGAAUCCACCCAUGAAAGUACCACAGAUGGAUGGGAUGGAGCCAGAGCCGAGCCUUGGAGAACACGAUGAGAGGAUGGAGGUCUCAAAUCAACUGUCCCAAGACCUGCAGGAGCACAAAGAGGGGUUACCUUAUCUUGGAAAGCUAGAACAGGAGGGUAGCCUUGCAUGUCCCGAGUCGAUUGAAGAGCCCGGGGAAGAAGUGGACGGGUUGAUUUUGUAUCAGCCAGUGGAGGAAGAGACGGAAAACUCUCUUGACGCUGAAACGUUGAUAGGGAACGCAGGUGGAGAGUUUGUAGAAAAUUCCAGAGAGGAUGGUCCAGGUGAUCUUGCAGAUCAGGUGGAUGAGAUCUCGGAGGGGCAGAUCGAUCAUGUUUCCCUCAUGGAGGUUCCCGAGGUUCAACCAGGUGACGAAACCGCUGGACAGGCUGUGAAACAACCAGACGCAAAACUCAGUGAGAUGGAGCUGGAGAGUAUUUACUCUGAAUAUGCACAACCUUCCCACCCUGCUGCUUCUGUCUCAUCCCCGACAGACGCAUCAAAGUCUGAUGAAGCCACCACAAAGGAAAGCAGAGGAGCUGGAGUCAAGACUGAAGUCUCCAUGGAUCAGGAAAACUAUGAAGGUACAGCCGAAGAUCUGAGUUUACCGUCUGGCAGCAGAGACUCGAGGAAUAUGGCCUUGACAUUCUCCCAUGAUCAAGACAAUAAAGACAAUCUGCUUGAACAAAAUGAAAUCAAAAUGGCUCCUGCAAACAGUAUUGACACAAAACCAUCAGAUCUUAAAUUUUCUCUCUCACCGGACAGUCGUGAUGAGAGGAAACCGCAGCCAUUAGAGCUGCCGAUCAAGGUAGAAGAGCCCAAGACUGAGUCUGCUGAUGAUGUGUAUCCAGACAGCUCUGAAGUCAAACACGAGAAAUUAUUUUCUUACGCUGUUAAGUCCGAAGAGUUGGUGACCAAAGCUGAGCGGUUAGACUAUCCUGUCAAACCAGAAACACUGGAGACCAAAUCCGAACAUCUCAACCUUCCCAUGAAGCCCGAGAGUCUGGACAGUAAACCUGAAGUCCUCCAGUUUGCAGCCUUCACAGAUGGUGCUGAAGUCAAACCUGAAGCAAAACCAGACGGUCUCGGGUUCGCGGCUUAUCCACAUGGAGCCAAGCUAAAGACUGAGACAAAACCAGAAGGUCUGGAGUUCACAGCCUACCCAGACAGCUCUGAGAUCAAACCUGAGGCCAAGCCGGAGGGCCUCGAGUUUAGAGUGUUACCUGAGAUCAAAGCUGAGACGAAGCAGGAGCUGCUGGAGGCGGACAGCACCGUCCUGACCCCGAAACUGGAGCAGGCGGACGGGCUGGUGGACACGUCGGGAAGUCUGGUGGUUAAAGGACAAGUGAAGGAGGAGAGGCCACCGACACCAGUGGCUGUGGUGGAAGGUUAUGUGAGCAGUCCCCGGUUUGCAACUCCAAUUUCCAUGUGUGAGAUUCCCGACAGCCUCCACGACAGCAGGGAGCCCACCAUCGCUCAGCUGUUACAGGAGAAAGCACUUUACUCGUUUUCCGAGUGGCCGAAGGACCGGGUCAUCAUCAACCGCCUAGACAGCAUCUGCCACGCCAUCCUGAAGGGGAAGUGGCCUUCAUCCAGCGAGCAGUACGACUCGCCCGGCUCCCUCCCUGCCAACUCCUGCCUGGCCAACAGUUUAGCCCAACACCAGCACCACCGAGCGGGCUUCCUCCCCACCACGGCCGCCAGCUCCGUCUCAGGUCAGGCCAGGGUUCAGCAGGCGAACGCUGGGCUGGGGUUCCCCAUCCCUCCCCCUCUCACAAGACUACCUAAGUACAUGCAGCGGGGCGGGGCAUGCGGGCGCGGAGCUUGGCGCCUCACCUCCUUGCCUCUCUUACAGGAGAGGCUCGUGGCUCCUCCCUACCUCCCUGAGCUCAAACGAGCGGGAGGGCGGAGGUCUUACGACUACGAGGCAGCUGCAGCUGCAGCCGCCGCCAAGGUUUUAGCAGGCAAAUCAGCAGCGUCAUGCCACACAACUGCGACUACCACCAGCUCCAGUUGCGUUACUCCGGUGGUGGCCCCGCCCUCUCACCGUACGGGAGCCAUGUUGAUUAAUGGUUGGCAAGAAACGGCCAUUGAUCUGACCAAGUCGUCCGGAGAAAUAAGCACCACCAGUGGGGCGGGAGAAGCUGUGGUUGCACCGGCAAUCAGCCAUCACGGUGCCGGUGCUGCCAGCAGUCACAAGCUGCCUCCACCGCCGCCCAUCACAGCACCACUCACAGGCUCUGUGGGGAUCGACAUGGCCGGGAUACUGCAGGCCGGCCUCAUCCAUCCUGUAACGGGACAAAUAGUUAACGGGAGCCUGAGGGGAGAUGACUCACUGAGGAGGAGGAGAGGGAGGAGGAGAAACGUGGAAGCUCUGUACUCUGAGUUCACCAAGAGCAGAGGACUGCACCUCCCGGAGUCACAGGGCCGGGUGGAGGUAAUCAGCCACUCCUCCGUUUCCUCCUCCACCUCCUCGCCGUCCCCCUCUCCUUCAGAGCGACCCGCCGGGCCCCCCACGCCGUCCUCCUCCUCUACGCCCACCCCCACCCAGACGCCACCUCAGCCGGAGAUCAUCGCCAUUGACAGAGAGGCGGCGAGCAAAGGUCUGAUGGAGUGGCUGAGACAGAACCCGGGAUACAGCAUGGACCUCCCCACGUUCACUCACUCUUGUCUAUUCUCUCCCACGCUGCAGUCUGGAGCGGGUCUGCUACACGGUUUCGUGGAGCGUCCAAAGCAGAGGAGGCAUCGCUGCAAAGACCCGACCAAGCUGGACAUCAACUCUUUGACGGGGGAGGAGAGGGUUCCUGUUGUGCACCGAGGCACCGGGCGCAGGCUUGGUGGCGCCAUGGCUCCGGCCAUAAAGGAGCUCUCCAGGUGGUUGGAUGCAAACUCAGAGUAUUAUGUAGCUCCAGACUGGGCGGAUGUGGUCAAACACUCUGGUUUCCUUCCUGAAGGGAAGUUCUCUAGGAUCCUGACCGAACCGGUCAACAGGGACCCGGGCUCUCGGCGCCGUGGGCGGCGGCCUCGCAGUGAGAUGCCGAAGCCCCUGUUGACGGUCUCUGACUCCACCUCAUCCAGCCUCGGCCCUCCACUCUUCAUGAACGGCGGAUUAAUCGGCAGCAUGGACUCCAUGGUGGCCAUGCAGAACCUCCGCGGUGGUAUUCCUGGAAUUCCCAUCUCUGGGAUCAUGGCGGCAGGAUUCCCUCAUGGUUUCUCUGCAGCCGUGCAGGCGGGUGGAGCCGGAGCGUCGGCAGACGAUGCCAAGAACGGGUUGAAUAUGUUACCCAUGAUGCUGCAUGGCAUCCCGCACCCCCAUGGGGCUGGGAUCCCUCAACACGCCUUGUUCAGCGUUGGUGCAAUGAUGGCGCAUGCGGCACCACCUCCUCACCCCAGCUCCUCCUCCUCUUCUUCACUGUCGGCUGCAAAAGUCACCACGACAACCGCGCCGUCGACUUCGGAGGCAGGCAGCCCCUCGUCGACGACGCCUGCUGAGAGAGAGAGUGCCGCCUCCUCUGGCUCCGGUGGUGGAGAAAAGGAAAGGAGCAGGGAGGAGAAAGGAGCAGUGGAGGCAAACAAAAGACCAGCAGGGGCGGAGACAGCAGCCAUCAUCACCUCCACCAGCAGGGCACAUCUCGGUGCUGCGCAUCUCGGAGGCGGGACCGGCAGCCAUCUUACCUUCAACCCCUUCCUGAUCCCGGGCAUGUCCCACGGUCUGCUGUACCCGCACAUGUUCUUACCGCACGGCGGCAUCAUGGCGCUGCCCGCCAUGCCUCCCGGUGCCGUGGACGGCUCCCCGGGCAGCCCCAAGAGAAGGAGGAAGAGAGGGCGGGAGGAGGGUGAGAGAGAGGAGGAGAGGGAGAAGGCGGCGACGGGGAAGGUAGAAGAGAAAGAAAGUACAGUUAAACGUGUUGUCACCUCCCAGCCAGCCUCCUCCUCAUCUCCCUCCAUCCCCUCUACCUCGGCUCCGGACCCGGGCCUGUCCCCGACUGAAGAGCCCCAGACUGGGCAGGGAGACGGAGAGGACGGGCCUGCAGAGCCCCAGGAACCAGACUCCCAUAACCACCUGGAGGGAGCAGCCACAGAGGAGAAGGAGGACACAGGAGGGGAGGCAGCGGAGGAGGAGGAGGAGGAGGAGGAGGAGGAGGAGGAGGAGAAGCAGGACACUGAGGAGCAGAGACAGGUGGAAGGAGAGGAGGCGUAGAGGAGGAGAAAACUUGCAGAGAGACGACCACCUCCUGCUCUCUCCUCCUGCCUCCUCUUUCUCGACUGAGCAACAGUGUAAAGUUUGUGCCGUGUCUGUCAGUCAAUGUCCAUGUAAAGACUUUUAUUAUGAUGAUGAUGACUAAUAAUAACGAUGAUGAUUAUAUUCACCUCGGUUAUGUUUAUAUACCAAGACCCCCCCCCCACCCCGCCCCCGCCCACCCUCUCCACUCCCUCCUUGUAUACAAAAGAAAAAAAAAAAACUAGUGUAAGAAAUCUUCUGUGUAUUCUUCCCCUGCAUUCUGCAUCAAGACCGGGUCAGGCGGGACGUUUGUCAACACACACACAUAGACACACACACACACUCAUAUACACACACACACACACUGCAGGCGAGAUGUGUGAACCAGGAGCGGCGUCGGCUGUUUAAAAAAAACCAAACAAACAAAAAAAAAAUCUGUCGCAGAGUUUCAGAUUUUGGUUUGGUGCGUUUGCAGGACGGUGACGCAGAGUCGUGUUUCCCCUCGAAGCCGUUUGAACUUCUCACCACAGUUUGGGAGUUUAGAGAAGCAGAGGAGCAACUUGUGUAUCUUAAGUUCAAGGUCACACCCGAGUACUGUCUUCUGGCACACUCCACUUCACUGAGCGAUAUUUGUUUAGAUUAUCUCUGUGCAAUGUCGAAGAACCUGCAGAUUAACUUGACAGUCUGAAGCAGCAUUCCCAGAUUCAUGUGACACUAAAACUCCACGUCGAUACUGAGGGAAAUAAAACAAACAGCAGCUCAGAUACAUUUCAGAACCCUUGUCAGAAUCUCUCAGUCUUCUUAAUGUUACUCAAAGAAUGAAAGUACAUUUUGCACUUUUAAAAAAAAAAAAGAAAAAGUCCAAAUCUGAAAAACAGUGACUGUAAACUGAGUAGAAUCUCCAAAUCGUCUCAACACCAGUGAGGUUAAUAGAUCCCAGGACUGAAUAUUCAUUUAUUCAUUUUACUUUCUCACAUUUACUUCAACUUUAACUUGUCAGCGCUUAUUAUUAUUAUUAUUAUUAUUAUUAUUAUUAUUGCUACACAGUUGCUGCUAUAACUUCUAGUAGAAGUUCGGAGUUACAAAGUCAUUUUCUUUUCACACUACACUCGAAAAAGAAAAUAAAAUAAAGCCUUAAACAGUGACUUGAAGUAUUUUAAUUACAUGUACACUUUCAAUGUUAUGACAUAAGUUCAAUGUAAAGUGUCAGAUUUAAGGCAAAGUUCUUCUGUCAUGUUGAGUUAAUGUGUCUCGUCUUCUGUUUGUGGACGGCUGCAGUGGAAUUAUGGCAAAAAGACAAAAAGCAGCAGGCCAAGACGGCAAACUGACGAGUUCUGUCUGUCUGUUCGAUCGCCUCCGAUCCAUUUCAGUCCCGUGGACAGCGGCACAGACUCGCACCUCUAUCAGGGGGAUAUUCAGCAUUUCUAUCAUAUGCCAAAAAUAUUUAGAAAACUUAAAAAAAGCGUACACCACGUGCGCUGCGUGACGUGAUCAGAUUCAAGACGCCUGCAAAAUAGACGCACAAGUGAUUUUUGAGAAUCUUCAGUGGGAAAUAAAAGAAGGACCAGAUAAUAUUAAAUAUUACACAGAUAUUUGUAUGUGCUGGUCCCAAUCUGGGAGGUUUAAGAAGAAAAAUUAAUCCUGCUGACACAUAAACUCGAUGUUUUAAUUCAGUCAUCGUGUACAAAGUUAAAGGGAACUUCUACACAAACCUGAUGCGUCUUUUAAGCAUUUAUUAUUGAAAUAUUUUACACUGAAGUAACUGAGUUAUUCUGUCUCCUGUAAUAAAUCACACAUCUGGUGAUUUAAUUUAUACACAUUGACUCAAAUUGAGAGAAAAUCUUUGCUUUAAAUUGAACUUAUGUAAAAGAAUUCUAUUAGAAAUGUACAUGUGAUUAAAAAAGAAGUCAGUUUAUUGAUUUAAGUGUAGAGUAAUAAUUCAGAGCCCAACAACAGGAAGUGUUGAGUGGUAUUCAGAACAAGAACUCAGUCUCUUUUGCUUUCAUUGAUAGAAGCAGAGAACAAUCAUGAGAUUAAUUUCUUUUUAUGUUUUUUUUUUUUUUUUUAAGCACCGUGUAAAGAUUUAUGUUUUUAUAAACUCAGACACAAAGUCACUUUGAGAGAUUCCCCUUCAGAAGAAAUCAGGAAUCUCAAAGUUCAGUUCUCGGUGCGGUCAGCAGGGGGCGACGUGAGGCAGACCUGAUGGUUAUCGUGUCCCUGACAACAUGAGGGUGGAGGGAGGAAAGAAGAGAGGAGGAGGGUUUUUUAUUCUUUUAACUGAGUCCCAAAUUAAAUUGACUCGCAGGAAAUCAGUGAAACUGUGGCUCAUCAUGAAGAGGUUACGAUCCUGACCUGUAGCAUCUUUUUUUUUUUUUUUUUGCCCAUACUCUCCUUCCUGUUUUCCUUUUUUAUAAAGUCAGUGUCCAGAGAGAUUUUCUGUGUGCGUCGUCAACCAUCUGUCCAGCGAAAGGGAAGAUCUGUUUGUAACGGAACAGAUCAAACAGGAGGAGGAGGGAUACAAAGCGGCCUCGUCGGUGCUCUUCGUCUCCUUUCUUUCUUUUUUUUUUUCCCUCAGAUUAGUUUUAAUUGCAGUUCAUACUAAGAGUUUCUAAAUAUGUAAAUCUAUCGCUGUAUAUUGCUGUUUUUUUUGUUUGUUUGUUUGUUUUUUUUCAAGUGCACCGUUUAUUUCUUUCACCUUUUUUUUGUUUCUCCGUUGGGAAGAAAAAAGAAAAAAAAAAAGAAAUACUUGACGAAUGCGAGGGGGAGUUUUGCAUCGAGCUUAGUUCCAGUGUUCUCUGUAUCAACCGGACUGUACUGUACAUUAAAUGGAUGCAAGUCGCUGGUUUUAUUCAGUCUUUUCAGAACAGGGUCCGUAUUAUUUUUGUGGGGGGUUCAUGUCAAAAAUGUUUCUGUUCAUGACGUUUGGACUUCACUUUUUGUUUUGUUUUCAUACAUGAAAACAUUAUUUUUGCACAAUGUCUUUUUGUGAAUGUUGACCUGUUUCUGUGUGUGAGAGUGUGAGACUGCGAGUGUGUGUGUGUGUGUGUGUGUGUGUGUGUGUGAUCAUGGGAGAGUGUGUCUGUGUGCAUGCAUGCGCACACCUUUUGUCGUGGUGUCUCUUCUGUCUCGUCCUCACAGGUUCACAUUGUUCGGGGGGGAUAAAAACAUAGUUGUUGCCUUGUCACAGUUUGUGGCUACAUAUAAUUUAUUAUACUUUUUCUUUUUGCUUUGCCAAACUCUCACCAAAUAUGACAUUCUUCUCUCUCUUAGUUUCAUUAUGUAUUAUUCAAAGUAAAUGCCUUAUUUAGCAAGUAUUUUUAAUUUUUUUUUGUAUCGAUUGUUCUGUUACAUCUCCAUAUAGGGACAUGUUUAUCGCGCUUGUGUUCAGUUUUGUCCUUUUUUUGCUCGUAAGCGACACGGCCUUGGUGAUGUGCAUUAUCUUUAGAAGCCUGCAGUGAUGCUGAAGGUACCGCUGUCCAAAAAAUAAAAAAUCACUACGUUUAUAAAUCAAUCAGUCAUCCCUCAAAGCACAAAUGGAGAGUCAACAAAAAAGUGACUAUUUUUUUUUCUUACCAGUGCCUCGAAAAAAUUACUUUUAACGUUUUCUCUUUUUGUGGGCUUCACUUCAUCGUCGCUGAAAGUUACGAGUCUUUGUUGGGUCUCACCGUUACCAAGGUGACGCGGCGCUGUUUCGUUAAAGGGAAAUUCUGUUCGCUGUGACAUUUCACACACCGACUCCUUUUGGAGACGUUUAGAAAAACUCCUGCAAGGCGUCGAACGAGUGCGAGCCUCCUGCAGCUUUUUCAGACCAUAUUUCUGUCUCACGAUGUGGUAGAAUAUCAUGUGAUGUGGUUAUUUUUGUUUUUCAUUUGGAAACAGUUUAACACCACAUCUCUAUUUCGAUCACUUGUGGUUAAAUCAGAGUCUCGCAGCCUGAGCGGACUCUCUGGAAGUCUGCAGAAAGUUAGCCUGAGGGUCUUUUCACGAACUUUUCACUCUUUAUACUACUUUUCCUCACGUCCAUUCGCGGCUGUAAUAAUUCCUACAGCCACUAGAGUUCGCUACCUAACGAUGAAUGUCAAUACACGUUGAAGCUUUAAUCUGUCGUCCAAAAUGGCUGUCUUUUUCUGACGAGGAUGGCUUCAGUUUCAGUUUUAAUUUCAUGCUAUCAUGACAAGAUGGUUAUUAACCCGGAGGGUGGCGACAGAGAUGAAUGUUUCACAUCAGGAAAUCUGCGGGAGGCUCGUCCGAGGGUUCACUUUCUCAAGUCUCUAAAUCAGCCAAAAUAACACCAGAAUUUCCCUUUAAAGACGGCUGUUUUAAUCCCACACCACUCUCUUCCUGUACGAGGCCUUCCGUUUGGUAUCCAGCACACGCAGGACGAUAAUGCGCACACACACACAGUAUGUAUCCAGCUCAAGUAUCUUGAUUGUUCUCGUGUGUUUUGUUGAGAAUUCCUGGUUUGAAAAAAAGAAAAAAAAAAAGAAAAAAAAAAACAAAGAAAAAAAAUCAAAAAGAAUUUGUUCAGUUCCGCAGCUCAAAGAUAUGAAAAGGAAAAAAAAUAAAACUCCACAGCCCGCGUACGCACAUCAUUUUCCUGUUACUGGCUCGUUCUCGUGUAAAAACUUGAAACUCGUAGGUGCAUCAUGUGACGACAGCAGGAGGUCGAUGGCUCUGUAUCGUCUGUUCGUGUCACACCACGCCUUCGCUUAACAGUGUUCUUUCUGUUCCAUUUGAAGUCCUCUUCGGUUAACUUAAACGGUCACCUCAACAUGUUGUAUCUCUUAUCAUAAGUAAUGUAUUUAUUGUAUAGUUCUUGUCUUUACAUCGUUGUCUCUUGACUGAUUAUUGGCUCGUUUUGUUUCUCUCGAACGUCUCCUGAAAAGCAAAAAAAAAAAAAAAAAACUAAACAAAAAAAAAGCAUUUUGGUUCACAUGGAAGAUAAACUCUCUCUGCUUUUCUUUUGUCGCCCUCAUCGUCUGCUGAUCUGCUUUGUUUUUUUUUGUUUUUUUUAUUGUCAUUACAAGAAAAUCCUGCAGAAUAUCUCCUCUUCAUUUUCUCAGCAUAGUCAGGAGGAAGUGAGUUACAAGUGCCAUGCAAUAAUAACAACAAUAAUCCAAUAAUCUGCGACCCCUCUGUGUCACGAGUGGGCUGAACCGACUCGCGGUGGUGUUGUUGUUUCCCCCCCGCGGAGCAGCCAACAGUUGAUCCAAACUACAAAAUGUGUGUUUUGAUGUUUUCUGACCACAUUUUUAGGAGACGAUGACAGAAAACUGUCCGCUUCUGGAGCAGACACAGACAUUAUUCUGAAAGAAGAUAUCUUAAUUUCUUUUUUUGUUGUUGUUGUUGAUCAUGUUCAUGGCCUUUCAUUCAUCUGGAGGGUUCAUGUUCAGGCUCUGCCCUGCUUGAAGUGUCCUUAAGAAAGACACUAAAUCCCUGUCAGCUGAUUUUUGUGAUUUGUUCCAAUAAAAGGCUCCAGUUUGAUCGAUUGUGGAUGAAAAAUGAAAUCUGAAAUGAGGAAAGAAACAGAGAGUGAAGCCAGGACAUCAGAAACCUGAUGGAGUAGCCAAACACACUAAAACUUCAUGUUUGAUUUAGAGAUCAAAAGUCAAAACCUUUUUUUUUUUUGUUUUUUCCUUUUUGAAAAAGAAACAUUCAAUGCGUGAGAAAAUCUUCUGUCUUGAUUCACCUCCGGCUGGUUUCACAGACACUGAAAAUACGAAGAGGUGAAUAAAUAGUAAGGAAUAAAAACAGCGUUUAGAUAUUAGAUAGUUUAAAACUCGCCCUGCUACUGUCGCCUUCUUCUUCUUCUUCUUCCCACUCACAAUAAUCUCACAUCCAUUUUUCUCGAGUUUGCUUCAAAAGCUAAUUGAACCAAUUUGUAGUCACGAAGGGAAACUAACAUUUAGCUGUCAGUCUCAGCACGGACACUCAAAUUAAAAUCACAGCAGCUGAUUUGAAAAAUAAAGAAAUAAAGUGUAGGAACGACUUCCUGUCAGUGAAACCAGCCGGCUCACUAUCACACAGAGAGGGACGGUCACAGAGUGUCGACGGCCUCGAAACGCUGAACCGACUGAGAGUUAAUCCACGAGGAUGUUCUUUUAAAAAAAAAAAAAAAAAAGCAGUGGAGAAAAGAGAAAAAUAAGUGGCUGCUCCUGACGUCAGACACCGGGUCAUUACUGAGUUCUGUGGUGGGGUUUUUAAUCUUUUUUCCUUUUUCUUUUUUUUUGUUUGUUUCUUAUUUGUAACUAUAGCUCUCUGUAUUCCCAUGUGGACCAAUCUCAUGAGUCAAAACAUGGUAUGUGUGAUCUUUUAUUGUGCAAUAAAAGAUGACUUUCAACUUU